GAAUUGUUUGUAUAUGGAAAAUAACAAUCUUUUUUUGUUGUCGGUUCUUGUGCAUUCCAUUCGGAGUUAGACCUUCGCCAUGGCUUAUUCAAACACACAUAACCGAUAUGUUAUGUCGCUCGUCGAAGGCGUUUGUUUGUUCGGUUGGUGAUUUUUAACGAGAAAUAAUAAAGCACAAAAAAAAGACUCAAAAGAAAAGAAAGUUAAAAUCCAAACAAGCAGCAGAUGGCCGUUAUACGAAAAUGUAUAUCUUAAGCAGCAUCAUCAAUGGUCAACAUUUUGGUGUGUAACGAAGAUGGCAUCGAUUUAACAGCACAUAGUCGUGUUGCUGAAUAGAAAAAAAAACAUUUUUUUGACAAACAUUUUGUGUUCAAUGAAAAUUGCUAUUGCUGGUUGCUGAUGAUAUUACAAAUGAUACCUUGACGCAGCCUAAUAUUAUUCAUGAUCAAAAGUGUGUGACUUAUAAGUGAUUAAUAAUUAGCAGAAUUGUGUUGUGUCGCGCUGUCGAUUUUUUUUUAUUUUAUUUUUUUCCUCUUCUGGUCAAAAUAAACAUUUUUCAAUUUUUUUUUGAACUGGAAAAGUUGUGCAAAUUUAUGAUAAAGCAAAUAAACUUACCAUAUACACAUUCAAAGACUGACUAGCUAUUUACGUAAAAAAAAAACAAAUUCAUUUACAAUGACAUCAGUAGUGUUUCGAUAUAUUUUCUGCUUGCGUUGCUAAUUGAUAUCGUCGUGUUAGAUAUCGUUCGUCGAUUUGCUGCUGGAAACGCUGAGAUUGAUGACUGUUUUAUUAUUAUUAUUGUGGUGUGCACUGUGAUUGUGUGUCGAGUGGCUUAUCAAUAUCGCAUAAUGAUAAUUUAAUUCCCAUUCAUAAUACACAUUAUUAUCAUAAAGUAAAUUUCUGGGCGCUCCAUUGCCAAUAUGACGACAGAAUAUUUUCAGUUGAGAUAGCGUGUGACUCGAAUAAUAUUAGACAGUAACGGUGUACCCGUCUUCAGUGUGGCUCGUUCGCUAGUCGUUACAUAAAAAAUCGUUUGAAAUGGAAAUUAAAAUUUUUGUGAAAUUUCAUUUACGUGUUGCCUGUUAAUCUGGUUAUACCAGCAGUUUAUCGAAUUAAACAGGAUUUUGUUUGAACAGACACAAAAAAACAGCAUAAAGAUAUUGGACUCAUACAAUGAAACAAUAACAGCGAAAUAUCAAACAAUAGAUAAAACACAAAAACGAAAACGAAACGUUAAGCCAUACUACUUAAAUAGCUCAAAUUCUGUGAUUAGAAAAGCAAAUUUAAUAGCAAAGUGUUUUCAUUCUAUCGAAAAAAUUUGCCGUAACAAUGUUGAAGACCAAUUCGAACGACGACAAAAUCGAGACUUUGCUGUCCAGAAGUCAAAUACCAAUUAUUGAUCUGGCCCACACUGGCACCGAUGAUCGUCCAUCCAGAUCGGUAGUGAAUCGCGUCGCGAUCCAACUUCACAAAGCGCUCACCGAAAAGGGACUGGCACUGCUGGUUAACCAUGGCAUUUGCGAGGAUAAGUUACAGUCAGCCUGGUCGUAUCUGGACGAUUUUUGUGACCUGCCAACCGACGUCAAAGAAGUGUACAUUCGUAAAGGCGAUGAUAAUCAUGGCUAUGUCAAACCCGGCCAACCGAAAUUUGAUGGAGCUUCGACGCCCGGAUUGAGACAUGCCUACAACAUAUGCACUUUGACCGCUGCGAAUCUCCCGGAGGAACCGUUGCCAGGUUUUAAGGAUCAUAUCGCCGAAUUAGCUCACGACUUCAAAGCAUUGUCAUCGUUGGUUCUUCAAUCAUUGGCCAUCGCUCUGCAUUUACGAGCCAACUAUUUCCAAGAGAAUCAUUCGCACAUGCUGAAUGGCCUGCAUGAAAACGAGAGCGUGCUGCGUCUUUUGUAUUAUCCACCAAUCAUUGAGGAUGACAAUAAGUGUGAGCUUACGAAAGGCCGAUGCAAAUACAGCUACCAACGCUGCGCAAUGGAUAGAUUAGAUUUAGAUCAACCCGACGAGGCAGUAACUGACGGUGAACAGCAUGCGACUAGAAAUAGAACCAACUGUGAUUACGGUACGUUCACAUUACUAUGCCAAGACUCCGAGGGUGGCCUGGAAGUUAAAUUGCCCGGUUCCGAGAAAUGGAAACGGGUCGGACAUUUACCGGGAUCCAUACUGAUCAACACUGGUGAAAUAUUGGCGACAUGGAGUCAAAACACUUAUCCAGCACUGCAGCAUCGCGUUAUCAUACCAGAACAGGACAGCGUCCGUAGCCGUGGUCGUCAUUCGAUUGCAUUCUUCUGUCAUCCGGACAAUGAUGUUCCUAUUGAACCGAUAGUUUUGCCAUCCGAACAGCCGGAGGUCGAGAAAAAGCCGAGAAAGUCAUCGUUCAAAAUCGCUAAGGAUAAAGUGUCAAUGGCGUAUCAGGCAAUUCAGCGGAAAUUUCGCAAAAAUUAUCAGCCAAAUUAAAUUCAAAGCAACUGCACGUGAUUAAUCUUUUAUAAUACCGACCGACUCACAGUUUUGAAUUUGAAUUUAACAACAAACAAAAAACGAAAAAUAAAUUUAUUCGUCACACACAAA